AUGGAGGCCUGGAAGAUCAUUUUCUCAUGGAGGCCUAGGAACGUCUUCACCCAGAUCACCCUGACCUUAAUCCUCCCUCUAUCUUUCAUCGCCUUGGCUCAUAUGGAAGCAUCCAAGCUCCUCUUCCCAAACACCAUUCACAACGAAAUAGUCUUUAAUCAAACCCAGGCAGGUGCUCCUAAAUACCACAAGCUCUCAGACCUCACAUCCGAACGGAUCACUUUUUGGCUCUUCGUGGCUGCAUACUUCACCUUCGUCCUCAUCUUCUCCCUCGUCUCCACAUCCGCUGUGGUUUACACUAUUGCAUGUAUUUACACCGGCCGUGAAGUAACUUUCGAGAAGGUUAUGAGCGUCGUCCCCAAGGUCUUGAAGCGGCUUAUGCUCACCUUCGUCUCCACUUUCGUCGCCGUCUUCGCUUACAGCAUAGUGGCAUCACUUUUGAUGUUGAUCUUCAUUACACUGGUAAUUUUCCUUGCGUCAGUCAAAUUUCUUGUUCCCAUAGUUAUUGUUCUGGGGAUCGUGUACGUGGCGGGGCUUGUUUACAUGGCCAUUGUUUGGCAAUUGGCGAGCGUUGUGACUGUGUUGGAAGACACGUGUGGAUUUCGUGCCAUGAUGAAGAGCAAGGCACUGAUAAAGGGAAAGACGGGGGUGGCCACGAUUAUAUCUUUGAUGUUCAAUAUCUCUGUCUGGCUCGUACAAGUAGCAUUUGAGAAACUGGUUGUUCGUGGUGAGUCAUCGGGCAUGGUCAGCAGGGUGGCCAUUGGGAUUAUAUGUUUGUUGUUGCUUUCCAAGUUGACUCUCUUCGGGCUUGUCAUUCAUACGGUGAUCUAUCUCGUUUGCAAAUCCUACCACCAUGAAAAUAUCGACAAGCCGGCCCUUUCGGAUCACCUUGAAGUUAAUCUAGGCGAGUAUGUUCCUUUGAAGCCCAGGGAUGUUCAGCUUGUUUGA